AAAUUUUAAUAAACAAAACCUAGUUCUCUUCUCUCUCUCUAACCUGGUAACCGCGAUGGGCUUAUCUCAAGAAACCGACGAACCACUGACGCCGGCGGGAAGAAUGUUCCUCCGGCCGGAAUUCGAUCAAAUAAUCCACUGUGUUAUCGGCCUCGAUCGUGAAAUUGACGUUGAAGCAAUUAAACUCCAAGUAGAAAAAUCCGCCAUGGUUCAACACCCAAGAUUCUCCAGUCUCUUCGUCCGUGACCGCCACGGCCGUGAGCGCUGGCGCAAGAUCCAAGUCGAUAUCGACCGCCACAUCAUCGUUCACGAAGGACCCGUCAUCGGAGACUCUGUUCCCGAUGAAAUCACCGACGAAGAUUCAGUCAACGAUUACAUCGCCGAUCUCGCCGUUUCGUCUCCUCUCAGCACCGAUAAGCCUCUAUGGGAAAUUCAUAUCCUCAAGGCUCAUAAAUGCGUCGUCUUGCGCGUGCACCAUUCACUUGGGGAUGGGGUUUCGCUUAUGUCUCUGUUCUUAACUUGUUGCCGGAGAGAUGAAGAUCCUUCUCAAUUGCCCACAAUCUUAACCGCCGGCCCCGGGGAAAGAUCCAAGGCGUUGAAUCCGAGGAAGGGUUUGUGGAAGUUAGCUAUGGCGGCGUGGCUGACGGCUUUAUAUGUGAUGGAAUUCGUAAUGAGAAGUUUGUUUCUGAAGGACAAGAAGACGAUCCUGACCGGCGGCGAUGGCGUUGAACUGUGGCCGAGGAAGAUUGCUACGGCGAAGUUAAUCUUGGAAGACAUGAAAAUUGUUAAAAAAUCCAUCGCCAAUUCUACUAUUAACGACGUUCUAAUGGCGGUGACCUCCUCCGGCUUGUCCAAAUAUCUUAAACUCCGAUCUCCAAAAGCUCUGCCGGAGGGACACCGUAUUACCGGCGUUGCCUUUGUUAACCUGAGGAAACAGCCUGGCCAGUUGGAGCUUUCCCAAUUGAUGAAAAGCAAGUCAGGAUCGCGGUGGGGAAACAAAAUAGGCAUUGUUCUUAUGCCCUUUCGAUACCAAGUAGGUGGAACCGACCCGUUGCAAAGCUUGCGAUGGGCUAAGGCGAUGGUCGAUAAAAAGAAGCUCUCUCUGGAGUCUUUCUUCUCCCACAAAUUCGGACUUCUUGUCAUGUCUUGUUUUGGACCAAAGGUGGCGACUAGUUUGAUUAAAAGAGUUGUAAACAACACAACGUUCACAAUAUCUAAUGUGGUUGGGCCACAGGAAGUGCUAACGCUUGCUGGCCACAAAAUAACAUACAUUAGAGUCAACACUUCUAGUCUCUCCCACGCGAUUACGAUGCAUAUGGUGAGCUAUGCUGGCAAAGCGGACAUUCAAAUAUUGGCGGCUAAGGAUAUCAUACCCGACCCACAAGUGCUAGCUAGGUGCUUUGAAAGCUCACUACAAGAAAUGAAGAAAGCUGCAAUUGAUCAAAUUGGCAUAAGUGAAUGAAGUCCACUCAUUAUUUUACAUUUUAAAACAUGGAAACAAGGGCUAAUGAUUCAAUAUAUACUUGUACAUGUAGUUGUAAUGCAAUCACAAAUUCAUACAUGUAACUUUGUAUUUUGUUUCCUUUACUCACAAAUUGCAAUAUAUGUUGGCUUAGUUUACAUA